CAGACAGAAAUUUGUAAUCAAUUUUAGUGAUUGGAUGCUCCCGUUCAUCAUCGAUAAUUAUUAGUGUAGUUAAGGCAUUUUACUUAAAAAUACUCCAUAGUUUAGUUUAAAAAUAGUUUGCAAUCAUGACUGGCUUCAAUUUGAAACAUUUUCCCGAUGUGUGCCGUUUGUGCUUCAAGGCGGCGGAGAGUGCUGGUAAAAUGUAUUCCAUAGAGGGUAACUUCGAGAAGCUCUCGUUGGAUAUCCAAUCGUUUCUAGAUAAAUUUACGUUCCCGGUGAAGGAGAGUAAGGCUCAACACAUUCCGAGGAUGGUAUGCGACGUUUGUUUAAAGCAGUUGACGGACUUUGCCAUGUACCGCAAUAGAUGCAUUCUGUCGCUUCGAUUCAUGGAAGCCUUGGUCGAUGUGAAGGACUGCAAUUCCGAACCACUCACCAGUCUUUUGCGUGAUAGCAAGGAAGAGCUUAAUGCUCUAUUUAAGGAUGUUUCACUGUGCAAAACAGAACCCGAGGUCGAAGAUAUCCUGCAAGCGUUGCAAGAAAGUAAACUGAUGGAGUUUGAUACGGUUGUUAAAGUGGAAAAAGUGGAACUUCCGGAACCACCGGAAGACAAUGACUAUGUCCAUGAAGAUGCGAUCAGCGAAUGUCCUGACGAUCCGCAAAGUGAGGAAGAAAUCAAACCGGAAUUAUAUCUUGCAACCGAGUUCUCCAGUGAUGACGAUGCACCGUUGGCAAGGAGGAAAAAGGUCAAACCAAAAUCUCCCGCCAAGGCAAAGGAAAAAUCCAACAGCGGUGAACGCGCCAAGCGAAAAGGACGUCCUAGGAUUCACCCCCUUGGAAAAGCGUUGGAAGAGCCGUGGUCAUGCGAUAAAUGCAAGUUCACAACCAAACUGAGGCAUUCCGUCGGACGCCAUCUGCUCGUGCACAAAAACCGCGAAAAUCGCAACUAUCCCUGUGACAUAUGUGGAAUGGGUUUCAAGUCGAAAGGUGAAAGAAAGAUCCACACUAUUACACAUCCGGAGAAACAAUUUAUGUGCGAAGUGUGUGGCACCGCGCUGAAAACGGCCGAUUCCUUUAAAAUCCACAUGGACAGGCACAAGGGAACGGAGAAGCUCACGUGCGAAUACUGCGACUAUACGACACUCUAUCCUCAAUAUUUGAAAGCACAUAUGAAAACUCACACUACGGAAGUGUACGCAAAUCGAUGCGAGCUGUGUAAUGCCUCGUUUAGAUACGCCAGUCUUUUGAAACGUCACUUGGAGACCCACGGUAACGAACGAAAGUAUGCCUGUGAGCAAUGUUCGGCCCGGUUCAACACCAAGAACGCUCUCCGCAAUCACCGUAAUUGUGUCCAUUUGGUUGUCCGCUACCCAUGCGAAUAUUGCGAGAAACGAUUCGAUCAGAAACUGACGCUGCGCGAUCACGUCGAAAAAGUUCACAAUAUUCAAUGCAAUUUCCCGUGCGACAUCUGCUUGCUUACGUACGACAGCCAGGAGAAGCUGGAUUCUCACCGGCAGCGACAUGAAAACCCGAAACCCUUGGAAUGUGGAAUAUGUCUAACGAUCCAUGCAAACCAGGAGGCCUUCGAUGGUCAUCUGUGCAUCAGCUAUCGCGAUGACUAUGUAUGUUGCGAGCGGGACUUACGCAAUUUCGCGAAAUAUAACAGGCAUAUGUGGUCCAAGCAUGGCAUGAAGACCAACUUCCGGGUGAAGCCCAUUCCGGGAGUUCUAAUGGGGCAAUUGAGGAAAACUCGGAAACGCUUGAUCCAGUGCCGCAAAUGUGACAUUGCUUUCCCCACUAAGGCACUGAAGAUGCAACACAUGAUGGAGUGCAACCAGUCGUCGGCAAUUCAGAGUUAAAUUUUAUCUGUGUGUACUAGAAGCAAGCGAUCAACGAUCAA